CAGUGGCGCCAAUAAACAAGGAAAACAGUAAACACAUGUUGCUCUGUAGCUAGUUCAUAAAAACUAUGUCGGACGCGGACGCUUUGUUUGACGACGGCAGCGAUGCCAACCAAGAUGACAGCCAGGAGGAUGUUAUGACUCCGGCGGAGCUGAUCGCUAAACUGGAAGAAGCUUGGCUGAAUGAGAAGUUCUCACCGGAGCUGCUGGAGAACAAGUCAGAGGUGGUGGAGUGUGUGAUGGAGCAGCUGACUCACAUGGAAGCCAACUUGCAGCGGGUGAAGAAAGGUGAUGCAAAGGCCAGCGUCCAUCGCAUGGAAAUAGACAGGAUCCGCUUUGUUCUGAGCAGCUACCUGCGCUCUCGUCUGCAGAAGAUUGAAAAGUUUUUCCCACACGUCCUGGAGAGAGAAAAGUCUCGAGGGGAGGGAGAUCCCUCUCUGCUCUCACCUGAGGAGUUUGCCUUUGCCAAAGAGUACUAUGCCAACACAGAAACGUACCUGAAGGCUGUAGCACUGAAGCGCAUGCCCCCCAACCUACAGACAGUGGAUAUGCUGAAAGCAGUGCCCGAGCCCUGCUUGGACUCCUUUGUGUUUCUGCGGGUGAAGGAGAGACAGGAAAACAUCUUGGUGGAGCCUGAAACAGACGAUCAGAGAGAGUAUGUUGUGGAUCUUGAAGAGGGCUCUCAGCACCUAAUGCGGUAUCGAACUAUCGCACCACUUGUUUCAAGUGGAGCUGUCCAAUUAAUUUGAAUGUGGAGGUCUGUGUGUUGGUGUGGAUGGCUCCAGGAGGUCAUAAAAUGAGUAUCGGCUCAUUAUCAUUUGUGGUACCAUGGCUUCAAGAAAUGUAAUUCAGUGCAACAUAUUAACACCAAAUAUAAGGUCACUACUAAUGAGAAGUGAAGGCUGUGAAUGAACACUGUUCAACAACCCAGCUUUUGCAGUGCUGUGUUAUUUUUGGACCUUUUUUUUUUUUUUUUUUUAAAUCAUGUCACAACAUAAGUUUGGUUACAUAAUUAUAAUGUUAUUCUGGUGUGUUUGGCUUGGUGAGACUGGUAAAGACUCUUAAGACUCUAUCUAAUCUGCCAAUUCACCACUCCCUCUGUUACUAUAUCCAGAUGACCUGCAUUACUGGGCUUUUCCUCUGCUGCUCAAUAACAGGAUGCAUCAAAUGACCUGAAGGUGAAAUUUCAUCAUUUCACUUGGCAUCACAAUGCUGAGCAUCACAAGGUGCAGAUGCUAAUUUAUGUGUAUGUUUGUUUGAAAGCUGUUUCUUUUGGUGAAGUUCACGCUCAAUAUGAAUUACUGUCAUUAUAAAUAAUAGAAAUCCUGUUAAUGUUCAGAAAGUGUCUGUGCAUGUCUUCGCCUUGAUUACCAAAUCCAGUUUUAUCUGCUUUUCAACACCUCUCUGUGUCACAAGUUUGAAGUUUCUUUUGAUUGUGUGUUUUUUAGUUUCACCCUAAGAGGACGCGUGGAACAUUUCUUCUCUGAGACAUAAUUGUUAUAAUAGUGUUAUAUAAGCAUUUCACAUGGAGCAAGCGGUGCUCAUUGUUUGCCCUCACACAAAAUUGUGCAGUAAUUGAAGCCAAUAAGGGACUGAGAGAAAUCCGGCUUUUCAUAACUGAACUACAUGUCAACAGAUGGUCGUCCUCUUGAACUGCACUGCUGAUCUAGCUAAUAUCCAGUCCUACAACCCCUUGUUGUUAGGAGAUCAGGAUCAAGCAUUUAUAGUUCAUGAAUGCUAACUUGCAUAAUAAAUGUUGGAAAAUGAAAAUAGCGAUCCCUUAGACCUUGAAAAUAGUUGGAAAUGUGGCAUUGGAAAAAUAAUAAAACCUUAAAAAAUU